AUGGAAGACUACGAAUCAUUUGGGGUUUCUUCUCGUGUACUUGUGAUUUCCAUUUUGGUUCUUGUGUCUCUUGAUAUUAGGUCUGGACCCUUAGGGAAUGAAGUUGCUAGGGUGCUUGGUGGUGGUCUUGUACCAGGCUCUUUAGUUUUGGUUGGUGGCGAUCCUGGUGUUGGCAAGAGCACACUGUUGUUGCAGAUGGCCGCAAUAAUAGCUGAAGGCCGUGAUGUUGGUGAACCCGCUCCGGUUGUGUAUGUCUCUGGUGAAGAGAGUGUUGAGCAAAUUGGAAAUAGAGCUGAUCGGAUGGAGAUUGGAACAGACGAACUUUUCUUGUAUUCCAGUACUGAUGUGGAGGACAUAUUAGAAAAAGUUCAGCCCCUCUCCCCUCGGGUGCUAAUAAUUGAUUCAAUUCAAACAGUUUAUUUAAAGAAAGUUAACCGAAGGGCUGGAGGGCUCAUACAGGUGAAGGAAUGUAUUUUGGCCUUGCUACGUUUUUCAAAGAAGUCCAACAUCCCAAUUCUUUUGGCUGGGCAUGUGACAAAAUCUGGUGACAUAGCUGGGCCUCAUGUUCUCCAGCACAUUGUUGAUGCUGUCUUAUAUGUGGAAGGUGAGAAGUGCUCAUCUUAUCGUCUGCUUCGAGCUCUGAAGAAUCGUUUCGGGUCCAUUGAUGAGAUUGGGGUAUUUGAAAUGUCUCAAUUAGGAAUGCAAGUUGUUACAAACCCCAGUCAGAUGUUUUUAAGUGAGCAGCACUCAGAUUCUGAUGUUUUAGCUGGACUUGCUGUUGCUGUUAUUAUGGAUGGUACUCGGACAUUCCUUACUGAAAUUCAGGAUUUAUGUUUGUCUGGCUACGGAUUUUCAAAACAUGUCAAUGGUAUCAAAGCAAGCAGAGCUGACAUGAUUAUUGCAGUUCUCAUGGAGCAAGCUGGUCUGCAGCUUCGAGAAAACGCCAUAUUUCUAAAUGUUGUUAGUGGGAUGGCCCUGACAGAGACUUCUGGGGAUCUUGCUGUAGCAGCAGCAAUUUGUAGCAGCUUUUGGUAUCUUUCGGUUUAUCCCACACAUUAUAAUUAUGACAUGGAGAUAUCUUUACAUUACUACCAUGAUUUAUGCAAGAUAAUCUUGAUUGAUUUUGCUUUGAGUCAUGUUUCUGUGGUUCUCUAG